AUGGAAAAUAGUAAAAAAAAAUCAAUCGAAUCACUCGAAACCUCCUUGAAGUCUUUCAAGAAACUUUUAACUUCAUUUGGUGGUGGACAGUCGUCCAAUAGUGGAAGUUCCAAAAAAGAGUCACCAUCUUCAAAAGAAAGUUCUCAAGGAUCUUCUAACUCUCCGGCAUCAAACAGUGAUCUAAUGAACGAAGGAAAUUCUGAUAAAGAAGUUCAUGAUCCAAAUAUUAAUGUUCCAACGGACCUCGGUCAAUUUACAUGUAAUUAUGGCAAAGAAGACUCGAAUGAGGAAUUUGAAUACCUCUCACCCUCAGAUCGCGUAGAAGCCAGCAGGGAAGGGAUGCUGAAUUGCAUAAUUAAAUAUAUAUGGCAAGGAAAUUUCUCCUCACCUGAUAUCAGGGAAAAAUUGAAGAGUGGAGCACGAGUACUUGACGUUGGCUGCGGCGCAGGCUCGUGGAUUUUAGACAUGUCGACGGCCUAUCCUAAUUCCACAUUUGUCGGCAUUGAUGUCUCCUGCAUUUUCCCGACAAAAAAUUCUCCCCCGAAUGUUGGAUUCUUGGAAUGUAAUAUUUUAAACGUGAAUGGAAUACCCUUUCCUGACGAAACAUUUGACUUUGUUUAUCAAAGAUUUAUGUGGUCAUCCUUAAACGAGAAUCAAUGGGUCAGUGUAAUUCACGAUUUGGCCAGAGUCACAAAAAAGGGUGGAGUUUUGGAGUUAAUGGAACUCGAUAACACGUGGGAAGACAAAGGAACUAUAACAAAUUUUCUUUUCAAUUUUUCAAAUGAUCAAUAUCGCGCCAAAGGCAUAAAUCCACAUAUAAUCCUUGAAAUUCCGAGAAUGAUAGAAGAAACCGGGAUGCUUGCAGACAUUAACCACGACAAUAGAACAGUGCCACUUGGUGGAUGGGGUGGGAAAUUAGGGGAUAUGAUGUUAAGGCAUGUGAUCCAAGGGUUCGAAACACUCAAACCCGCCAUGACGAAAAUGAUGCGGAAAAGUACUGAAGAAUGUGAUAAUAUGUUAAAGGAAUUUGGGAAAGAAUGCGAAGAACUUAAGUUUUACAUAAGGCAAUAUAGAUUUUGGUGUAAGAAAUUAGAAUCAACAUCGUAG